CCCGCCUGUUACCGUCAGGCGUCGCUGUAGCCGCGGCACUUCUCCCCUCAGCAGGUCUCCGUCUGCCUCGCUGGCGCCGGGUUUACACUGUCGCUAUGGAGAAAGGCUGAGUGCGGCCGGUCAGGCGGCUGGAGACACCGGGACAUAAAGCCAAUAUCCUGAGGCCAUCCUCAAAACAAAAGGAGAUCAGCAAUGGAAAUCUUUGAGUCGAUAUUGGACUGAGCAGAACUAUCGGGACCUCUGCUGUUCAGACAGAUGAUACGUUUGCCUGGGGUAUAACCACCAAGAUGCCGUCUAGUAACUCUCAAGCAUCAGAAGACUGUAAGAACCUUUUGUCUCAGGAUAAAGUGAAGGGAAAGUCCCCAUAUCACCAUGGACCUCUGUUUCCUCACCGGGCUGAGAAGAUUGUUAUUACCCGCAGUGACAGUGUCCCUGAGGAGAAUGUAUUGCAGAUCACAAUCACAGAGACCACAGUCAUUGAAUCAGAUCUGGGAGUGUGCAAUUCCCGGGCGCUUAUCUACCUCUCACUAUGGUUCUUCUUCAGCUUCUGUACACUUUUCCUAAAUAAAUAUAUCCUCACAUUACUAGAAGGGGAACCGAGCAUGCUAGGCGCUGUCCAAAUGUUGACCACAACCUUCAUUGGCUGCAUCAAGAUGUUCAUCCCCUGCUGCUUGUAUCAGCACAAAACCCGUCUCAGCUACCCCUCAAACUUUCUCAUGAUCAUGUUGUUUGUGGGGAUUAUGAGGUUCUCCACUGUGGUUCUGGGGCUGGUCAGCUUGAAGAAUGUAGCCGUCUCCUUUGCAGAAACUGUUAAAAGCUCUGCGCCUAUUUUUACGGUUAUAAUGUCCAGGCUCAUUUUAGGAGAAUACACUGGAAUGAUGGUGAAUCUGUCCCUCCUACCUGUCAUGGCAGGACUUGCCCUCUGUACUGCAACUGAAAUCAGUUUUAAUGUUCUCGGCUUCUCCGCAGCAUUAUCCACCAAUAUAAUGGACUGCCUGCAGAAUGUCUUCUCAAAGAAGCUCCUCAGUGGAGAUAAAUACAAAUUUUCACCGCCUGAACUCCAGUUUUAUACCAGUGCAGCAGCUGUGAUCAUGUUAAUCCCAACAUGGAUAUUCCUAAUGGACAUGCCAUUGAUCGGGGAGGGUGCGAGAAGAUUUAGCUACAACUGGGACGUCAUUGUGUUGCUUCUUAUUGAUGGAGUCUUAUUCCACUUUCAAAGCGUCACGGCAUAUGCGUUAAUGGGGAAGAUCUCUCCUGUAACGUUCAGCGUCGCCAGCACUGUGAAGCAUGCACUUUCUAUCUGGCUCAGUAUUAUCAUUUUUGGAAAUAAUAUCACCAUCCUCUCUGCCAUUGGAACUGUGUUUGUGAUCAUUGGUGUCUUGCUUUACAAUAAAGCAAGGCAGCAUCAACGAGAAUCAUUCCGAAUGCUCAGUGUCCCAUCAGUCACUGAGGACUCUGAACCACUAAUAGGACAGGACCAAAAGUCACAUGAAAAAUAAAAUGGAUCUGUUCCGGAUGCCUGACAUUUUUCUUCUGCCAUUGACAUUUACGGCGACUGUUGUUGUGCUGCUAUAGGACAGCCAUCAUUGGAUCAAUGGGGUCACCAGGAGACACCGAUUUGAGGUCUUGCAUAGAGACCAGAGAGUUCUGGAUUUGGGUAUAGGAGGAGCUCUGUACAAAUGCUACUUGUUUUCCAGUUUCCUAAUUCUUCCAGACACUUACAUCACAGAAGAGGAGUUUCUAUUAUAUCACAGUGCUGGCAAAUUACCUGCCUCAUACUAAGCACAACGUCUAACAUCUUGCAUUAAUUUAGAUUGCAUUAGAAUUCCUAAUUCAGUGUAAAAUGGCCCUUGAUGGACUAAUAGAUAAAUGUGAAGCCAUACCAAUGAGUAACACAACACUCAGGCCUAUGGGCCACAAUGCGGGACCUACCACUAUGGUGCAUAAAAGCAAGCAGCAAUGCAAUUUAGAUACCUAGGGACCACUCGACAUUAUGUACGCCUGCUUUAGUUUUUUAUUUUAAGCAAUCAAUGGAUUUAGAUCAGUGAAAUCUGUUUUGUCUUGGUCUAAUAGUGUUUCCUAUGUUAAAACGUAUUUUGAUGUUGAAAGAAAUCAAAAGGGGCCUUCUGAUAGUACCCAAGUUAUAGAUCAUGUUCACUUUUGCAAUUAUUUUUGUAAUGCUGCCAUCCAAAAAGUGAAGAGAAUUUGCCUUUAAUUUUAAAUAUCCUACCGUUUUAAACACACAUUUUCUAUGCAGGCCUUUGUGACUUUAAAGCCUGUGUCUAUCCUGACCUGCAGUUGUGUUACAAUCUGCUCAGGUCCCUCAGAUAGAAGACACACAGGUCUUUAUAGAUAUUGUGUGCAUAAAGACGUAGGAUAUUGUUAAAAAUAUUUUUGCAUAGGAGCAGUGGAAAAUCAUCAGAAAAAGUGCCUAUUAGGGGAAUUCAGAGUUAAAAUUACUUAUCCUCUACCCAUUGAUGGGGGAUAAGUAUCAGAUCAUGUGGUUUGACUUCUAGGGCCCCUACGAUCUCCAGAAUUUUACAAAUGGAGCAGCUAGUCACACAUGCACACCAUUGCUCUAUUCUUUGUCUAUGGAGCUGCUGAAGACAGCCGAGUACUGUGUUCCACUUUCUUCGGUAGCUCAAUAUAGAAUAAAUGGAGCGGCGGCAGAAAAUAGGAUCAUUCCUGUGAUCCUUAAAUUAUCCCUCUUAUGGAUAAGGGGUAAGUCAUUUUAAAGAGCAUCUGGCACUUAAAAUGACCCUUGUAAACUAGACCCAUACUCCUUACUGUGCCCUUUGCUUGUAUAACUUUAUUUUGUUUUUCUGUGGCCGAAAACAAAAUUCUGGAGGCGGGGCCAGCAGCUGCAGAGCUGCGCCGAGUAGACCCUCCUUUCUCCCCAAUGUCAGCGGCUUUUGAUUCACACACAGGGCUACAGGGUAGCCCUUUGUGUGCAGUCGGCGCGUGUGCCAGCACUGUGGUUUUUGGCGCGUGUGCCAGCACUGUGGUUUUUGGCGCGUGCGCAGACUGCACCUGUCCCAAUACCGAGUAAAGGUAGUGAGAGAGAGCAGCAGGAGACAAUACUCCCAGGAUCACUGCUCGUGAUCAGAUCCAGGUCAGAAGCAGCAGGACAGUCAGUUAUUUAGAGGAGUCAUACAGGCAACACAACAGCAAAUUGUGGUAAAUUUAUAAGGUUUAUUUAGACGGUUGCAAAUGUGUCCAUAUGUGUCUUUGCAAAUGUGUCCAUAGGUUUUAAAAUGUAGGACUAGACCCUAAUCCAUUGUUUUUCAAACAGUGUGCCUCCAGCUGUUGCACAACUACAACUCCUAGCAUGCCCGGACAGCCUUGGCUGUCCGGGCAUGCUAGAAGUUGUAGUUUUGCAACAGCUGGAGACACACUGUUUGGAAAACGCUGCCUCAACCACUCGCUCUUCUUCACAGACAACCUUAAUUGACAUUAAAACAAACAAAAAAACAACAACUAUGUUGCCAAUAUGUGUGUUAACCUAUGUAGAAUGUAAUGUUUUAUUACUGGUGUCAGGGAGCAUGGAUGACGUCCACAUGUAGAUUCUGUUCAGUGGUAACAAUAUUACUGUCAUUACAUAAUCUGUAUUUAGUACAAUCAUUACUGUUAAUUCUCUUUCCGAAUUCAUUGCCUUCAGUCUGCAAAUAUUUCUCUAUGUCACGACUGCUCCGGGAUUACACAAUGUGAGGAAUGACUGCGAGAACUGAGACUGGUGACCACUUUUUGUAAUGCCGCCUCCACUGCGUCGUUCACACCUGUGGAUUGUACAGAAAUCUUUCUAUUUUUAUGAACUGUGGCUAAAGCCUUUUGUAGAAAACCUACAUUGCUGACCUGUGGUCGGUUGUAUUUUGUGUUUGUGUAUAUAUACAGCAUCUUAUCCUUAUUUGUGACCAAUGCAGUUACCAUCCUGUAAGAAAGAGAAUGGCAUUACUUGAAACGUA